CAGCAACAACUCCAGGCACAGCAUUUGUCUCAUGGGCAUGGUCUCCCUGUGCCUCUGACCCCACAUCCUUCUGGUCUGCAACCUCCAGCCAUUCCUCCAAUUGGUAGCAGUGCAGGAUUGCUUGCCCUAUCCAGUGCCCUUGGUGGACAAUCCCACCUUCCAAUAAAGGAUGAAAAAAAGCAUCACGACAGUGAUCAUCAAAGAGGUCAGAGAUGA